AUGAAAAUCUUGGUAUUUCUAUUUCUAAUCGGCUUCUUGGAUUGCUUUGUUUUUUACCAGAACAGCGACUUUUCUGAAGCUGUCCUUUCUUCAAAUUUCCCUGAUGCUAUUCAGCCGAAGAUCAGAGGUGUUCAAAGUGUGAACGUGACCUUCUGUCCCCGAGAUGUCGCUAUUAUCGACAGCCACCUGUUGACGAAUGUGAAUGAUUCGGUCGUUUAUCGAAUUGAUGCUACUUCUUGUCAAAAAAGCAUCUUUGGCUGGCAAGCACCGUAUCCCAUUACCGGAUACCUGAUCAAAGUCUAUCGAGGGGAAUUGAGCAGUGGAAGCUUGUUGAGCGGAACAAUCAAUGGAAAUCUGAGCUCAACCCUGAUAACAGUGCAAAUCACAAUGACAAGCUCACCAAACACAACGUUUCCGGCGAUUUUCAUAACCACCGAUCCCAACACAACCACGAUUUAUCCAAACAUAUCACGCGCUUGUUAUUCGGGCUCUCCAACGAGUUUCCUACUUUCUCUCAACAAUUUGCCCAAUCCAUCAAUUGUUGUCUAUCGUGGAGAAAUUGAUGUCUCCGAUGCGACCCCUGGACUCUGGGGUCUACGCAUUGACACCAGCAAUUUGAACUUCAAAGGGAAAAUCUAUCGAGGAAUCUCGCUUGAUACUCCCGAUUUGAUAUACGGUGGAAAAGCAACGUGCUCGCUCAACCCUCCAAUGAACACCAUCCCAGAGCUAAUCUUCGACGAGUUUAUCACCCUUCAGCUAGACGGUCAACCGCCUGCUCAGUUGAUGAGCUAUUACUGUGCAAAGCAAGCCCAAUUCAACACUGCCUACACAAUCGACACAAAUCCAAAAACGCUCAUGAUGCCCUCGUUUAUCGACGGAAGCAGUAACGCCGAUUAUGCCUUCACAAUCAAAGAUAUGGCCACUUUGCCCGAUCAGGCUCUCCAAAUUGACGUUUACAACGAGAUCCCCACUCAAGCGAACCUAUCGAUUCUCUUUUAUAACUAUGCUCAAGAGAAAAACGUUAUGAUGAGUUUCACGAAUUCGAGCAGACUUUGCCAAGUGGAGUUGCCGACUUCAAAUAUGACUAUCUCUUAUAAACGGCAGGCUUGUCAAUCAGAUUGUGCUCCGGCUUUGUUGCUGAGAUUACAACAGAUCCCAGCUACACUGAAUAUUAAAAGCGAAAAUAUCACCUUCUGUCCGCGAGAUUUCGCGAUCCUCGACAACAGCAAGCUGAUCCACAUGCUUGACUCGAUCGUUUACCGAAUUGACGCAACUUCUUGUCAGAAAAACAUCUACGGCUGGCUGCCACCAUACCCAAUCACCGGGUACUCUUUCAAAUUCUAUCAGGGAGAGCUGAGCACAGGAAAAUUGAUUGCCGGACCGAUCAACGGAAAUCUCAACUCGAGUCUUAUCACAGUUCAAAUCACAAAGACUACCGAUUCCACUACGACAUUUCCGGCAAUCUUGUUGACCACUGACUUCACGACAACAACCGUUUAUCCACCAAAAGCCGGCCUUUGCUAUUCGGGAGGGUCGAUGAGUGUGCCGCUGUCUCUUCCCGGUGUGCCAAAUCCCGUAAUUGUCGUUUAUCGAGGAGAAAUCAACCUUUCCGAGGCAACCCCCGGAUUGUGGGGUUUUGAGAUUGACCCAAGUGUAAAUAUCCAAGGAAACGUCUAUCGAGGAAUCUCCCUUUUUGCUCCCGAUUUGAUCUACGGUGGAAACUCAACCUGUUCGAGCAACCCUCCAAUGAGCACACUCCCAUUGCAAGUUUUCGACGAUUACAUGACGAUUCAACUGACCGGAAACCCCUCAAAUCAAUCGAUGAAUUUCCGCUGCACUCAAAAAACUCAAUUCAACACCAAAUCAUACUUCGAUGAAAAACCCGAAAUGCUGAUGAUGCCUUCGUUUAUUGAUGGAAGCACCAAUUCUUCUUAUAACUUUUCUAUCGCAACCAAAACCGCGUCGAUCAGUCAAGUGGUUCAAAUCGGAUUCUACAAUCAAAUCCCCGCUCAAGGUCGCCUCUCGAUCGCCUACAUUGAUGCUGCCUCGCAAAAUAUGACAACACUAAGUUACACGAACUCGAGCAAUGUGUGUCAAUUGGAGCUGCCCACUGCAAAUCUGACGAUCAGCUAUCAAUGGCCCGCUUGUCAAUCGAAUUGUGCUUCGCCUUUGCUAAUUCGAUUUCAACAACAAAGUGGUAGUGCGCGCGAUUGCCGCUCAAACGAUUGCUACGAAACGCUCAAACGAUUGCUACGAAACGCUCAAACGAUUGCUACGAAACGCUCAAACGAUUGCUACUCGCAGUCACUUGGAGGCUUAUUGACGGUGAUCACAAAUCUCGCCGUCACUCAACUAUUCAGUUUCAAACACCAAAAACUCAUGAACAACGAUUAUCGCAUGAAAGUCGAAUCAAAGACUUGGAUUGUGUUGAUGAUCUUAAUGUACACUGUUCACGGUUCAUUGAUUGUGUUGAUCAUUGAAUUGUUUCCGGCUGAGUCGGGGAAAACCUCGCAUGCGAUGUUGGUGCUUUUUCAGAAAUAUCCAUGUCUUUACUUGCUUUCCGAUUUUCCGUACUUCUACGCAGCGACGAUGGAUCCGAUUCCCGGAGUUGGCCUACCAGCAUUAGCGAUUUUUGCCUACUAUGUCUUUUAUGUUGUCACUUUCUGUGUUGGCACGGAUCUAAUCUGCAUCACUCACUCGUUCUACAUUUUGCGUCACUCGAAUCGAUUCAUCAGUGAGCAUCGGAGGAAAAUGCAAAAGAAAUUCCUAAUCACUUUGUGCUUACAGUUGUCGAUUCCAGUGCUAAUCCUUGGAUGUCCGUGGAUUUAUUUUGGUUCGACGCUUGUUUUCAGCUCGAUUUCGAAUGCAAGUUGUCGUAAA